AUGCGAUGCGCGAGCAAGGCCGCCGAGAGCGCGUCCGCACGUCUCUGCGCUCGUCAUGAAGACUCUCAUGUCUUCACAGAGUACGAGCUCGGUGUCUCGUACUCUCCUGAUACGGAAGACGGAUCCGUAUCGACGGCGAUCGAAUCCAAGCCGCCUGCCAAGCGUGGCAUGGACGAUGCUUUGCGUCGCAGCAUCUUGGUUCAUCUGAUGAAUCAGAUGAACCAUCGCCAAAGCGAUGGCGCUCGAGAUCGCGAGACUCGGGCGCUAACAGUGGUGUCGGUUCUCCUAUGGACACCACUUCACAGCAAGGUGCCAGUACUUCUGUCGGCACGUCGCAGGAAGAGCGGGACCGCAAUGUGCUGA